AUGGCGACCAGUUCCAAAAUCAUCACGGAGUUGGAGGUAUGGUCUCCCCUUCUCUUUUUGAGUAUUCAUCUCACCUCAGAAGGCUUCGAGCUCGACUUGAAUGAGCUGCGUCUUGUUCAAUUCCAAGAUUCCGAGCCGGUCUGGAUAACAGAGCAACAAAAACUUUACGCGAAGAGUUUGGGGAUGGAGUAUCUCGAUGUCACGAAUCUGCCCCCCAAUUUUGGCACGCUGUUUGAAAAGCGGCGUUAUUCCUACCCCACCCCCAACUCCACCCUCGUCGCGAGCAUUCUACCACUGAUUUCCAUCGAGGAGAUGCGCGUUAAUUUGGAGUACUUUACCGGUGCCUUCGAGACGCGCUAUUACAACUCGGAUUCAGGGAAGGCUAGCUCGGAGUGGUUAUUGAAGAAGAUCCAAGAAUAUACCACGCAGCUGGCGACCCCCCAAGUACAGCGAUUGGUAACAGUGAAGCCUUUCAAGCACCACUGGAAGCAGACGUCCGUGAUUGUUCACAUUCAACCGAGAGAACCUAUCGACGACGGGAUUACUGUUAUUGGCGCACAUUGUGACAGUAUUAACCAAGAGAAUCCUUUUCUUCCAGCUCCCGGUGCGGACGACGACGGCUCUGGCACUGUGACUAUUCUCGAGGCAUAUCGAGCGCUCUUGAUCAGCGGUUACAUUCCGACCUCGCCUCUCGAGUUUCAUUUCUACUCUGCCGAAGAGGGCGGUGGUCUUGGAUCGCAGGACAUCGUAGCUUCGUAUGAAGCCGCCCGCAAGGAAAUCAAGGGGAUGCAGCAAUACGAUAUGACCGCAUGGGUCGCCUCAGGCACCAGUCCAGUCGUCAAUGUUGUAACGAGUGGUGUCGAUGCAGCUCUAUCCACGUUUCUCUGCCAGCUUGUUGAUCGAUACCUUGAUAUUCCAUGCGUCAGAGAAUCCAAAAGGAAGAACGCUGGUAGUGACCAUUUGCUAUGGAAUCGCGCUGGGUACCAGGCUUGUCAUGCGGCGGAGGGGUUAAUGGGCAAUGAGAACUACGACAACAUACAUACCGCCCAAGAUCGAAUCGAUGUUUCUCCGGAAUUUUCUUUCGAGCAUAUAAAUGAGUUCGCCAAGCUUGCUGUAGCCUUUGCUGUCGAGCUCUCUAGUUGA